CAGAUUGAGAUAUAAAAUUAACAUAAUUCUCCCAUCUCUCCAGUCUCAGCCUCAGUGUCUGAAUUCGUGCGUCUUCGUUAAACAUCAAAAGAUGGCCACGAACAGGGAACAAAGUCUUCAAGACCAAAAUAAAGCCAUUGUCGCAGUCUACUCUCAUGAGUUUUGGGGGAAGUGCAAUAUUAAUAUCGUCGAUGAGCUAUGCAGCGAGGACAUGCUCUCGAAUUAUCCUAUGCAUGGGCCGCGGCGAGGAAAAGAGGCUAUAAAGCGCAUGUUGUCUGAGUUCAAAGAGGCUUUUCCCAAUGUAUCUUUUCACCCAUAUGGGCCAAUACCUAUGAUUGCAGAAGGCAACUAUGUUGUGACACGAUGGAUUGGAGGUGGCACACACUCUGGAGUUGCAUUCAGCGACCUGCCUGCUGGCGCCUUGGACCAAGCAAACAUAGGAAGAGAAAUUCACUUCUCCGGGACAACGAUAUUUACCCUGAGAGAUGGCAAAAUUGUGGAGGAAACGGGAGAGGAGGGAGCGCUAACAGCUCUCCAACAACUUGGUCUUGUACCUCCACCAAAUCCGUCGAGUGGGGCAAGUCGGGCGGUCUAACUUAUGAUUGCUGGAUCUAGAGUUGACAUUCAAUUCUAUGCUUUGUAUCGUACCCAAGGAAAAUCGAGGAAUUGAAAAGCCGGUGAAGCUGUGUUUUAUAUCUGUCAUUGCAAUUUGGACAUUGAAAGUUUUGGAGAAACAGCGAGUUCUCAAACGUAUGUAAGACUUGUAUUAUGUUUCAUGUU